AUGGUUGUUGGUCUAACUGGUACUGGUAAGACUACAUUAAUACAUACACUUGCAAGAGCUAUGGAAUAAUUAAACAAAGAAGGAUCUUAAGAUUAUUAUCAUAAAGUUGUGUAAAAGUAAACAUUGAAUCCAAAAUCAGUUACAAUGAAUGAAUUGUUUGGCUAUACUAAUGUGUUAACAAAUGAAUGGACAGAUGGUAUUGUUGCUAGUAUAGUAAGAACUGCAGUUACAGAUACAACUGAUCAGAAGAAAUGGAUCAUUUUUGAUGGUCCUGUAGAUGCACUUUGGAUUGAAAAUAUGAAUACAGUGUUGGAUGAUAAUAAGAUGUUAUGUUUAAACAAUGGUCAGAGAAUUAAGUUGCCUGCAACAUUCACUAUGAUGUUUGAAGUAUAAGAUUUGGCAGUUGCAUCUCCAGCUACAGUAAGUAGAUGUGGUAUGGUUUAUAUGGAACCACAUCAUCUAGGAUGGGAACCAUUAGUUAAGACUUGGGGGGUCUAAUUGAGAGAAUAAUAUAUGAAAGACGAUAAGGUUCCAACUUAUGUUGACACUCUAAUUGAUAAGAUUGAGCAUUUCUUUAAGGAUAACUUGAAAGUUGUGAGAGAAGAAUUCAAAGAGAAAAUUCCAACUACUGUUAACAAUAUCUUGAAAUCGCUACUAAAUUUGGCUUAAAUCAAUCUGAAAUUAUUGACUGAUACAGUUGUUCUAGAGAAGAUGAACAAGUUUGAUAUGGAAUCUCAUAUAGCUAUGGUUUUGAUUUUCAGUUACAUCUGGAGUGCUGGAGCAAAUUUACAUGAUUCUAGUAGAUCUUAAUUUAGUUAGUAUUUGAAAGGAAAGAUCAUUUCGCUAUUUAGUGGAUUCCCAUUUGAAGGAGAUGUCUACGAUUAUUAUUGUGAUUACACUACUAAGGAAUUUAAACCUUGGACUGAGAAAAUUUAAGAGUUUAAGUAUAAUUCAAGCAUACCUUAUUUCAAUAUCCUUGUACCAACAAGUGACACAGUCAAAUUCAAAUACUUGAUCACUCAAUUGAUUGAAGGAGGAUUCAAUAUUCUUCUAUCAGGGGAAACUGGUACUGGAAAAACAGUUAUUAUAAAUGAAUACUUGUAUAGUUUAGAAUCAGAUAGGUUUGUCUUCUCUACACUUAACUUCUCUGCAUAAACUAGUGCCAAGAACUUAUAAGAUCUAUUUAUGGAUAAGGAUAAGUUCAUGAAAAAGAAGAAAGAUCUGUUAGGUCCACCAGCUGGUCGUAAAAUGAUCCUCUUUAUUGAUGAUGUUAACAUGCCUGCAUUGGAAAAGUAUGGUGCACAACCACCAAAUGAAUUGUUUAGAUAAAUCAUCGAUUAAGGUGGAUUCUAUGAUCUCAAGAAAUUGUAUUUCAUGUAUGUUAAGGAUUGUCAAUUCAUUACAGCCUGUGCACCUCCUGGGGGUGGACGUAAUCCUGUUACUCCUCGUCUAUUCAGGCAUUUCAACCAAACCUGGUGUCCUGAUCUCUCUUAAAGAUCUAUGGAAGUCAUUUUCACUGCUAUUCUUAAAGGAUUUCUUAUGGAAUAAAAUAAAGGAUUGGACAAAUUUGCAUCUUACAUUGUCAAAUCAAGUGUAGAAAUCUACUUUAAAAUUACCAAGGAGUUGUUACCUACUCCAACCAAGUCUCAUUAUACUUUCAAUUUGAGAGAUCUCAGCAAAGUUAUCUAAGGAAUAUUAUAAAUUAGAUAUGACAAUUUAACUAAUAAGGAAAUGCUCAUUUAAUUGUGGGCACAUGAAUCACAAAGAGUAUUCUAAGAUAGAUUGGUUGAUGACAAAGAUAGAGAUUGGUUUUUGACUCUUUUAAUGGGACAUACUCAGAGAGUCUUUGAAUUUGAAUGGGAAAAACCUCAAGUUUAGAAUCUACUCUUUGGUGAUUAUAGCAACGCUAAUAAGGAUUAUAUUAGAAUUGAUAAUCCAUAAGAAUUGCCACGUAAAUUUUAGGACUUCUUAAAUAUGUAUAAUGCAUCUCAAAAGCAAAUGAAUCUUGUGUUUUUCACUGAUGCCAUCAUGCAUCUUAGUAGAUUAUGCAGAAUUCUGAGAUAACCUAGAGGAAAUGCACUUCUGAUUGGUGUUGGUGGUUCAGGAAGACAAUCACUAACUAAAUUAUCUGCCUAAACAAGAGGGUAAACUGUAUUUAGCAUAGAAAUUACUAAGAAUUAUAAAGAGUAAUCAUGGAAGGAUGAUCUUAAGAGAUUAUUAAAAACAGCAGGAGCUAAGGACUAACCUGUAGUAUUCUUGUUCUCUGAUACUUAAGUUGUUAGAGAAUCAUUUUUAGAAGAUAUCAACAACGUUCUUAAUACUGGUGAAGUGCCUAAUUUAUGGGCAACUGAAGACAUUGAAGAAAUUAUCAAUGAUGUCAGACCAUUGGCCAAGGAAUAGGGAUUAUAUGAUUCCAGAGAUGUUUUACUUAAAUUCUUUGUAAGUAAAAUAAGAGAGAAUUUGCACAUUGUCUUAGCAUUCUCACCUGUCGGAGAAAAGUUGAGAAACAGAUGCAGAUAAUUCCCUUCAAUUAUUAAUUGUUGUACAAUUGAUUGGUUUGAUAAAUGGCCAGAUGAGGCACUUAAUAGUGUUGCAAUGAAAGAUUUGGGAGGUUAGGAACAUUUGGGCAUUGGAGAUUUUGUUGACAGCUUGGCUAGCAUGUCUGUCAUUAUCCAUUCAGACGUGAAAACAUAUAGUGAAAGAUUUUAUGAUGAAUUAAGAAGAAAGAACUAUGUUACACCUACAAGUUAUUUGGAACUAUUGAAGUUGUACAUUGACAUGAUGAAGGUGUAAUCAAAUAUAUUACCUUAAAAAAUAAAGAAAUAUACUGUUGGUUUAUAAACUUUGAAAGACACUAAUGAGGAGGUUGGAAAGUUGCAAAAGAAAAUUAUUGAAUUUUAACCUAUUCUUGAACAAAGUGCAAAAGAUAAUGCUAAAAUGAUGGUUGAAUUAGAAGGCAAAUCAAAAGAAGCGAAUGCCACUGAAUAAACAGUUUCAAAAGAAGCAGCAGAGGCAUAGAAGAAGAAAGAUGAAGUCAAUGAAAUGAGAAAUUCCUGCUAGGCUGAACUAGAUUAAGCAUUGCCUAUCUUAGAAUAAGCAUAAAAGGCAGUCUAGAGUAUUGAUAAAGCAGCUAUUAAUGAAAUGAAAGCCUUAAAAACUCCACCAAAUCUAGUGUAAAUUGUCAUGUGUGCAGUCAACUUACUCUUUGAUGAAAAGGAAGACUGGCCAACAGCUUAAAAAGUUCUUGGUCGUAUGACAUUUAUUCAAGAAAUGCUUGAAUUCGAUGUGACAAAGGUUCAAGAAAGAAGGUUACAGAAGUUGAAGUAAACUUAUCUCAGCAAUCCUGAUUUCACUAAAGAAAAGAUUAUGAAUGUGUCAUAAGCAGCUACAACUUUAUUGGUAUGGGUGGUCGCAACUGAAAAGUUUGCAUAGGUUAAAAAGGUUGUUGGUCCGAAGGAGAAGGCAUUAAAAGAAGCUGAAGCAUCCUUGAAGAAGGUUGAAUAAGAAUUGGCAGUAAAGAUGGGAUAAUUGAAGGAAGUGUAAGAUAUGGUUAAUGAACUCAAGAGAAAUCUUUAGACUUCUAUCAACAAAUCAGAAAUGUUAAGAUAACAGUAAUAGACAGCUGAGAUUUAAUUAGUCAGAGCAGAGAAGUUAGUUUCAGGAUUGGCUAGUGAAGCUGAGAGAUGGAAAGUUAAUGCAGCUCUAUUAGAAGAAGAUUUAAGGAAUUUAGUAGGAAAUAUUAUGUUGGCUGCUGGUUCAAUAGCAUAUCUGGGACCAUUUACAUAUAAUUAUAGAUCUGAAAUUAUAGCCAAAUGGAUCAACAAUUGUAAAGAGCUGAGUAUUCCUGUGAGUGAUAAUUUCACUCUCUAAAGGAUUUUAGCAGAAGAAGUAACUAUAAGAGAAUGGUAAGAAGCAGGAUUACCUGCAGAUAAUUUAUCAAUUGAUAAUGGAAUCUUUGUUUUCAACUGCAGAAGAUGGCCCUUAAUUAUAGAUCCCUAAGGUUAGGCUAAUAAGUGGAUUAAAGCACUAGGAAAGGAAACUAAUUUACAAAUUACAAAAUUGAGUGAAAGUAAUUUCUUGAAGACUCUUGAAAACUCCAUUCGCUUUGGAUAAUAAGUUUUAAUGGAAAAUGUUGAAGAAGAACUAGAUCCUUCUUUAGAACCUAUAUUAUAAAAAUAAAUCUUCAAAAAAGGAGCUCAAUAUCUAUUACGUUUAGGUGACUAAGAUAUUCCAUACAACAAUGACUUCAAAUUAUAUUUUACUACCAAAUUACCAAAUCCUCAUUACAUACCUGAAAUCAGUAUUAAAACUACUAUCAUCAACUUUACAGUCACACCUUAAGGUUUAGAAGACUAAUUAUUGGUUGAAGUGGUGCGAUAAGAAAGAAUCGAUUUGGAAGAGAAAAGAGUUAAUUUGAUUCUUUAAAUAUCCUAAGAUAAGAGAUAAUUACAAGAAUUGGAAGAUAAGAUAUUGAAGUUGAUAUCUGAGGCAUAGGGUAGAAUAUUGGAAGAAGAAGAUUUGAUUACAACCUUGGAUGCAUCUAAAAUUACAUCUGAUACAGUCAAUUAACGUAUGGCUUAGUCUAAGGUUACAGCUGAGGAAAUCAAUUAAGCAAGAGAACAAUAUCGUAUUAUUGCUAGAAGAGGAUCAGUCAUUUACUUUGUAAUUGCAGAUCUUGCUUUGAUAGAUCCUAUGUAUCAAUAUUCUUUGGAGUUCUUUAUUAGAUUAUUUAAAAAGCGAUUAGAAGUAGCACCCAAUCCUCCAUCAUUAGAGGAAAGAUUGGCAGUACUGAUUGACGAUAUUACUAAAGCAUUUUAUAUCAAUAUUUGCAGAGGAUUGUUCGAAAAAGAUAAAUUGUUGUUUAGUUUUUUGAUUGCUAGUAAAAUCUAAUUGUAGGCUCAAUACAUACAUGCUAGAGAAUGGAACAUCUUUUUAAGAGGAGGCACUGGCACAGUACCUCAUGAAGAACACCCUUCAUUUUUAAAUGAGAAAUCAUGGAAGAAUUGUAUGAUGCUAAGUAAACAAUCCCAUGUCUUUGCAUAAUUGCCAAUGUCCUUAAGGGAUAGUAAUGAUGAAUAAUUAUGGAGAGAAGUUAUGGAUGUUUAAGAUCCAUGGAAAUGUGAUUUACCCCUUGUGUUCCGUUCAUUGGAUCCAUUUUAGAAGUUACUAUUAUUCAAAACACUUAGAGAUGAAAAAUUGGUUAUCUUAAUUAAAAAUUAUGUGUCAGACACCUUAACAUCAUUCUUUAUUGAACCACCUGUUUUCAAUUUGAAAGGUGCCUUCUAAGAUUCAUCUUGUACUACUCCAAUAAUAUUCGUAUUAUCUCCAGGUGCUGAUCCAAUUACAUAUUUAUUGAACUUGGCUAAAGAUAUGGAAAUGGAAACUAAACUAAAAAUCAUCUCAUUAGGUCAAGGAUAAGGUAAUAUUGCAAAGGAAUUGAUUAAGACUGGCAGAAGAACAGGAGAUUGGGUAUGUUUGUAGAAUUGUCACUUGGCUAUUACUUGGAUGCCAGAAUUAGAGAGAAUUUAAGAAUUGCAAGUAGAGGCAGACACUGAUGCCAAUUAUAGAUUAUGGUUAACCAGUAUGCCUACUGAUAAAUUCCCUGUUCCUGUGUUACAGAGUGGUAUUAAAUUAACAAACGAACCACCCAAAGGAUUAAAGGCCAAUAUGAUGAGAACUUAUAAUGAUAUAUCUGGAUAUGAUUCUUGCACUAAGUAGGAUGAAUAUAAGAAACUCUUAUUCUCCUUGGCUUUCUUCCAUGCAGUUAUUUUGGAAAGGAGAAAGUUUGGACCCAUUGGUUGGAAUAUUCCAUAUGAAUGGAUGAAUUCAGAUUUUGAAACUUGUUAAUUACAAUUGAAGAUGUACUUGGAUGAAUAACCAGAAGUACCAUACCAAACACUUAAUUAUAUAAUUUCAGAAAUCAAUUAUGGUGGUAGAGUUACAGAUGAUAAGGAUGUUAGAUUGAUUACUGAUCUACUCAAAUAGUAUUUCUGUCCAGCCAUUCUGAAUGAUCCAAACUAUAUAUUCUCAUCUAGUGGUGUUUAUCAUCCUCCUUAGAUUGUAGAUUUGCAAUCAGUUAUUUAAUAUAUUAGUUCAUUGCCUUUGGAAGAUGAUCCAGAAGUAUUUGGAUUACAUGCCAAUGCAAAUAUUACAUUCUAAUAAAAAACAGUGGCUGAAUUUAUGAGUACCUUACUAUCAGUGCAACCUAGAAUGGUAGCAGAAAAGGGAGUAGAAGAAACACCUGAUUAAAUUGUGUUUAAGGUGGCCAAAGAAAUACUAGGAAAAUUGCCUCCAGUUCUAGUUCAGAAGAAAGAAGUGGCCAUUGAAUCAUUAGCUAUUUUUAGAUCAUAAGAAGUCGAUCGUUUCAUUAAAUUGGUUCGGGUUAUGAAAAACUCAUUGGAAUUAUUAUAGAAGGCCAUUCAAGGAUUAGUUGUUAUGUCAAUAGAAUUAGAAAAAAUGUUCAAUUCCUUCUUGGAUGCUAAGGUCCCUGAAAAUUGGGAGAAUGUGGCCUAUCCAUCUCUAAAACCCUUAGGUUCCUGGGUUACGGAUCUCAACUAAAGACUGGAAUUCUUCAAAUAGUGGCUCGAAAAUGGAUCUAUGAAGUCGUAUUGGUUAUCAGCUAUGUUCUUCCCUCAAGGUUUCAUGACUGCCACUAAACAGACAUAUGCUCGUAAAACCAAGACUCCUAUUGAUACUUUGACAUUCAGAACUUAAGUUAGGCCUUUCUACAAGGAUAAUAUUUAAGAUGUUCCCUAAGAUGGUGUCAAUAUUGAUGGUCUAUAUUUACAAGGAUGCAAAUGGGAUGUAGGAACUAAUCAAUUGGAGGAAUCUGAUCCUUUAGUUUUGUUCCAAGAAAUGCCAGUUGUUUGGCUUGAACCUGUAAUAGCAUCAACUUAGAAUCAAAAUUCUUAGAAAUUCUAUAAAUGUCCUCUUUACAAGACUUCCACUAGAAGGGGAACUCUAUCAACAACAGGUCAUUCAACCAACUUUGUGUUAUAUUUGGAAUUAACUACAGGUGUGGAACCAGCCGUUUGGACUAGACGUGGAGUUGCUCUAUUAUGUCAACUCGAUGAUUGA